AUGCCAAAAACGAAAGAUAUUUUAAUUGGAACAUGCGGCAUUGGUGCUGCUACAUUAUUUUGUCUAAUUAUUGCCAUUGCGCAUAUUACCAGUGAAAUACAAAUGAUAGAAAAUGAAUUUGAUAUCGAGAUUAAAGCAUUCCAGCUAAAAGCAAUUGAUCUUUGGAGAGAUAUGAUAUCAAUGAAUAUCACUCAUCGUCAACGUCGUCAGUAUCCUGUUCCUAAAAGUCCGGAUGUUAUUGAUCAGUCAUUAAGAAAAGGUCCAGAAUUAACAAACAGAAUUAACACUUAUUCCGGACCACCUGCUUCUUAUGGCAGAGAAGCACAAAGUACGAAUGUAUACACGGAACAAUUAGGCGUAGAUACGUCAGUUACUCGCGAAGAAAAUGUUCAGAAAGAAAAUUUAUGUCCAGCUGGACCACCAGGACCGCCCGGUCCAAAUGGUAUGGAUGGAUUAGAUGGUUUGGAUGGAAUGGAUGCGCCGCAUGGCGCAGAUAUGAAAGAUGUGUAUGGACAGUUGCAACAGUACGAGACAUGUUUUUAUUGUCCACCUGGUCCAAUAGGUCAGCCAGGUCAACCAGGUCGUCCUGGACCUCGAGGAAUGCGUGGAUCACGUGGUCCAAGCGGUGCAAAUGGUCGCGACGGUCAACCAGGUCUUCCAGGACAGAUGGGCGCAGAUGGGGCACCUGGACCAGAAGGUGAAGAAGGACGACAAGGAGAACCAGGUACGGAUGCAGAAAAAGUUGUGGGAGUUCCAGGUGCAAAAGGAAUUCAGGGUCCAGAAGGUCCACCUGGUGAGGAAGGUGAUAUAGGUGAACCUGGUCUACCAGGUCUUGAAGGACCACCGGGAGAACGUGGAGCUGCUGGUGAAAAAGGAGAUGAUGGCGAGCAGGGUGAGCAAGGUGAUCACGGUGAAGAAGGAAUGCCAGGAAGUGAUGCAGAAUACUGUCCAUGUCCAAGUAGAAGUAUAGCUGUCAACAAUAAUCGACCAAAACAGAAUGGUAGAAUUAAUGAAGAAUUAUCACCUCCGACAGAAUAUAAACAAUUUAUUACACUAUGA